UGCUGCAGCGCAGAAAGAAAGAAGGUGAAGGUGAAAGGGGAGAAGCGCUUUGGGGGGCAAGCAGGGAAGGCAACGCGUGCCAGCGGUUACACACGAUACAGCCGGCCCCUCAGGAAAACAACUGGAUUCAGCCCUUGUACAGCAGCUGUUGUGCUGUUUCCACGUCUUGGGAAAGGACAGGAUAACCAUGCUCGGCUUCUGAAAAUUCAACCUGCAUCUUAAAACGCAAUGUCCCUCUUGUUCUCCCGCCCAAAGUCCAUCAUCACCGGCAAGAAGGACAAGAGACACAUGGCAGACGUGACCGCCUCCCCACUCAAGCACUUCGUCACCGCCAAGAAGAAGAUCAAUGGCAUUUUUGAACAGCUGGGUGCCUACGUCCAGGAAAGCGCUACGUUUCUGGAGGAAACGCACAAGAAUGUGGAGCUGGACCCCGUCACCACAGAAGAGCAGGUGCUGGAGGUCAAAGGCUACCUGUCCAAGGUCAGCGGGAUCAGUGAGGUGCUGGCCCGGCGGCACAUGAAGGUGGCCUUCUUUGGCCGAACAAGCAAUGGGAAAAGUACCGUGAUAAAUGCCAUGCUGUGGGAUAAGGUCCUCCCCUCAGGCAUCGGGCACACCACAAACUGCUUCCUACGUGUGGAGGGGACGGACGGCCACGACGCCUUCCUGCUCACAGAGGGCUCCGAGGAGAAGAAGAGUGUCAAGACGGUCAACCAGUUGGCCCACGCCCUCCACCAAGAUGAACUCCUGAAUGCUGGAAGCCUCGUGAGCGUCAUGUGGCCCAAUUCCAAGUGCCCGCUCUUGAAAGAUGACCUGGUUCUGAUGGACAGCCCGGGAAUUGAUGUCACCACUGAAUUGGACAGCUGGAUUGACAAGUUUUGCUUAGAUGCUGAUGUGUUUGUCUUGGUGGCCAACUCAGAGUCCACACUGAUGCAAACGGAGAAGCAGUUCUUCCACAAAGUGAAUGCCCGCCUGUCUCGGCCGAACAUCUUCAUCUUGAAUAAUAGAUGGGAUGCGUCUGCCUCCGAACCAGAGUAUAUGGAAGAGGUACGUCGGCAGCACAUGGAGCGCUGCACCAGUUUUCUGGUGGACGAGCUUGGAGUGGUGGAUCGCCCGCAGGCCGGAGACCGCAUCUUCUUUGUCUCGGCAAAGGAGGUGUUGAGCGCCAGGAUCCAGAAAGCUCAGGGGAUGCCCGAAGGGGGGGGUGCCCUGGCAGAAGGCUUCCAAGUGAGAAUGUUUGAAUUCCAGAACUUUGAGAGAAGAUUUGAGGAGUGCAUCUCACAGUCAGCCGUGAAAACAAAAUUCGAGCAGCACACGGUCCGGGCCAAGCAGAUCGCGGAGGAAGUGCGCCACAUCAUGGACUGCGUGCACACGGCUGCCCAGGAGCAGAGAGUUUACUGCAUGGAGAUGCGAGAGGAUCGGCAAGAGCGCUUAGGGUUCAUCGACAAGCAGUUGGAGCUGCUCACACAGGACUACAAACUGAAGAUAAAACAGAUCACGGAAGAAGCGGAGAGGCAGGUGUCAAAUGCGAUGGCCGAGGAGAUCCGCCGCCUCUAUGUGUUGGUGGAUGAUUUCCAACUGGAUUUCCAUCCCUCUCCAGUGGUUAUAAAAGUGUACAAGAACGAACUUCACCGGCACAUUGAGGAAGGCCUGGGUCGGAAGAUGUCGGAACGAUGCUCCGCCUCUAUCACGACAUCGUUGCACACCACGCAGCAAGAAAUGAUAGAUGGCUUAAAGCCCCUCCUACCAGCCUCAAUGCGGGGACAGGUAGACAUGUUGAUUCCCCGGCAGCGCUUUGCGCUGAGCUACGAUCUCAACUGCGACAAGCUUUGUGCUGACUUCCAAGAAGACAUCGAGUUCCAUUUUUCUCUCGGGUGGACGAUGCUCGUCAACAGGUUCCUGGGACCCAAGAGCAGCCGCCGGGCCUUGAUGGGUUACAGCGACCAGGUUCAGCGCCCUUUGCCUUUGACCCCCGCAAACCCCAGCCUGCCUCCCCUGCCUCAGGGAUCCUUGACCCAGGAAGAACUCAUGGUCUCCAUGGUGACUGGGUUGGCAUCGCUGACUUCCAGAACUUCGAUGGGCAUCCUUGUGGUUGGCGGAGUGGUCUGGAAGGCAGUGGGAUGGCGGCUGAUCGCUCUUUCCCUGGGCCUCUAUGGCCUCCUGUAUGUCUACGAGCGGCUCACCUGGACCGCAAGAGCGAAGGAGAGGGCCUUCAAGCGCCAGUUUGUGGAGUACGCCAGCGAGAAGCUGCAACUCAUCGUCAGCUACACGGGCUCCAAUUGCAGCCAUCAGGUCCAGCAGGAGCUGGCUGGCACCUUUGUUCAGCUCUGCCAGCAGGUUGAUGUCACGAGGGACGAUCUAGAGAAGGAAAUCGCUGCCCUGAAUCAGAAAAUCGAGGUCUUGGACUCCCUGCAGAGCAAAGCCAAACUGCUCAGGAAUAAAGCUGGGUGGUUGGACAGCGAGCUGAAUAUGUUCAUCCACCAAUAUUUGCAACAGAGCAGAUAAACGGAGAAGAGGGGGGCAGCCGUUCCUCACCCCGUGUUCCACUCGCUGGUGAUAACCGUUCUUGGCGAUGAGAGCCCCCGUGGGCACGCGCAGCAGCUAGUCGCUGGGCAGUCUCCAUUUCUGCCACGGGACUGAGAGAAUUCCACUUCCCUUCCGCAUGAUGAUCUUUUCUCGUCUUUGUUUUAGAAUCCUGUCACUUCCUGGUUAGGGAUCUUAAGCUCAGAAUUUAGCAGGAGAAAUGUCUGUGUUGAUGCAUUACCCGGUUAGUCAGGAGGUCCCUUCUCUGUUUCUGUUCAAGUUGCCGGUGAAAUGUGCCGAGAGAACCAGAUCCUGUCCAAAUCCCUUCCCGUGUGUUUGGAUUGAAAUUUAUUCUGGACUUCUCCCUCUUCCCCCAGACCUCAAAAAAAUGAAUUUCUUUUAGUUCGUAAAUCAGUCCUUCGUUCUGCGUGAUAAAGACACGAUCCAGCCAAAGCGGAACGCCUUUAAGUCGUGUUGGUCUCCAUGGAAAGGAUUUCAGCCUGCUUUUAAGCCUGUUGAAAUCCAAGAGCGAUAAAUGUGGUUUCAUUUUGGCUGGAUGGCGCCCGCUUUGAACAGGAGGUGAACCAUUUCUGGCAGGCCACGCCAUUCUGAGACGACACUCCCACAAACGCUUCCUCUCCGCGCUGAAAUAACCAACCGCUGGAGGUGGUUUGUGGUGUUUUGAGGGUUGAUGUUGGAGAAACGGCCUGGCGUGGCAGCUGCCAAGGCUCCAAAGCCCCAGGAAGACUCCACUGCACCUCGAUAGAGCAGCAUCCACUGAUGCAAUCGGGGGCCAUGUAGCCGAGGUAGGAUUUUGCCCUCUUGCCCGCAAGCCAUUGCCUUCUCAUACCCCUUCAACUGUGUCUGGGCAUAGAAAAAAGUAAUGGUAGCAGCUAGAAGGACUAAUCCCGACUUCCACUUCUUUGCCAGCUCUUCUUGGCAGUGAGUGCUGCCAGUCUCUGUGGCCGUCCCGGCUGGCUUGCUGUGUGAGCCAACAGCUGCAGCCACCGCCUGCUUUCAGCCUUUGUCUAAACGAGGAGCGGAUGACCAGGCAGGAGGAGGGAGAGGCCGUGGCAGAAGAGUGGGCUACCAAGAGGCACCUCGCCUGGCGUUCUGUAAGAUCUACAGUUAGCCCUGCCAGCAUCUGACCCGGGUUCUAGAUCUGUGUGCAUCCAGGCACCGUGCCAGUUGUGCCCCUAGCCAAAACUGAGUUUGCCUGGUUUGGUGAGCGGGGUAAGGUGCUUCCUGGCUGCGGGGUGGUGUGAAUCCUUGGAUGUAUGCAGGAUGCCCUAGUAUGUAAUGGAAUUGAUUUUUACUUCCUUAAAAGAGAGAGAGGUUUGCAUCGACAAAUGUACUGAACGAGAUAGGUGAACGCUCUCCCUUUCUCCCUCUUUCUGUCCUGCUCUUCAGCACCUUCCCUUUCCCUUGAGCAAAGUUUUUCAAUUCAGCUGUUCUUCAUCAUUGGAGUUCGCAGAGCUGUUGCAAAUACUGCUGAAUUAGAUAUCGAGUGUCCCCUGGGCCUAAAAGCCUCUGAGCUGUUCAUAGUAGUGUGUGGGAGUGAGGGAUGGGAAAUGCCCAGAGAGAAGGUCCCAGAAUGCAGCCGUAUGAAGAAGACCCCCCGAUACACAUAUGCACCCAAAAGCAGGCACAGAGCAGCGCCAUCCUGGUUGUAGGAAGUGACAAACUAGCGGAUUUGGGUCCCUUUGCAGUUUCUGUAUUUUUUUUUUAAUUUGCAAAAAGUGAAACUGCCCUUAGGUGAGUUGUUGAAAGAAAAUAUUUUGAUGGGUUCCUUAGCGUGGCCCCAGAAGGCCGUAUAAUGCAAAGGGAGACAAGAGAGCAGGGCAGGGUGAUAAGUUGGGAAUGGGCAUUCCGACUUCCCGUAUCUUCUUCCUCCUGUAUUAACUUGCAGGAGACAAAAGUCCUGAACACCCGGCCGAUCUUUGUGCAGACUUCGUGCAUGUAGCAGAGACGUAGGAACAAGUACCUUGGCCCCACCCCGCUUGCAAGCGAGUGCGCUGUCUCCCCUCACCAUACCUCUUAUACAUGUUUGCUCAAACAUGCCAUGGCACCCAGUGCUGGAUCUGUCCCUGUAACCAGGAACGUUGGAUUACAGGAAUGGAAACCACUGGGGCCACGUUGGGUGAGUCUCUGCAGUGUGUGGGGUCAGCUUUUUUGAUCCUACAUCUGUUGAAUGUACAGGGUUAAGUAAUACUUGGUAGGGCCGGUUGACAUGCUCCAAAAAUCUAUGUUGGGAGCUGUUUUCGUCCUGGAAGCAACCUGCAUGUAGGUAAUAGUGGGACACUUGCCCCAGUUGCAGGUACUCAGUUGGUUCACUGUAGCCAACCUCCUUUCUGCGACUGCUGGAUGGGAUAAUACACAUGUCGCUUGUGUGUCACUUCUUUGUAGAACUUUUUGAAAAGGCCCCCUUAGAUAGCAGAGGCCACUAAGGAGAGAGAACCCCUGCGUUCAAGAUUGCCCUCUUUUGAUCCCCCACCGGAAUCUCCACUUAAGAGUUGCUACGCCGUUGGUUUCCCCAUAAACCCAACUUGGCUGAAUUCUUUUGCCAGGUAGCAUUUCAGCAUUUUCAGCUGCUGGGGCCCAAGAGCUGUAUUCUGAUAGCAAAUCAGCCACAAACUACUGAACAGAGCUCAUAUUUUCUUGAAAACAGUCCUUUAGCCAAAUGCACUUUAUUUUUUAAAAAAAUUUUUACUGCUGCUAAGUUGAUUUCUACACAAUAUUUGUUUCCCCCUUUGGCUGAAUUUAUGGGGCUUUUCAAAAUCCUCUCAACAGGGUGUUUUCUCUCUGCUGUAUGUAAAGGCGGCCAGUUUGGUGGGUUUGGGCUCUUUUAUUGCAUGAAUUAAUUUUAUUGCCAUGGCCCCAUAAUUAAUAUCAGACACAAUAGCAAAAAUAAAAAAUGAAAU